CUCUUUCUUUCUAACAUCAAAAUGUUUGGGCUGUUAGCUGUUUCUCAGGAGGAGCCAAUCUCGCAAUCAUAACAACUUCUCCUGUCCCUGUCCCUGUCCGAUGUCCAUGUCCAUGUCCUUCCUCUGAUUCUCUCUCUGUUACUUGUCCGAACCCAACGAGAGAGCAGUGCUUUGGCUUCCAUUUAUCAGUGACAGACAGCAAAACAGAAGAGAAAUAAGCCCAGUGCUCCUCAUUGGGCUCUGAGUAGAAGAGGACCUUCUUGCUUUUCCAUUUUCUACCUCAAGAACUCCGAACCCAUCUCAGGAAUCUGUUUCUUCCUCCGUUUUCAGCAUUGGUUCUUCUGUUCUUCCUCCGCUCCUCUGUUAGUGCCAUACACAUUUGAUCAGUGAAGAAAAUAGAGAAGAAGGAAUGUAACAGAUUCAGAGAGAUGAGCAGAGAAAACAGAGGAGGAGGAGGCAAUGCAAGGAGAAGGCCCAACAGCAUCUUCACCGCAAUGUCCGUGGUCCACGUGGACGAUGACGACGACGACGAAGAGGAGGAGGGUGGAGAGGUCGAUGGCGGGGCAGACCCCGGUGAGGUCUAUUUCGCCGAGAAGAUCCUAUCCAAUGGAGACUUCUACACGGGGCAAUGGGCCGAUGACCUUCCCCAUGGCCGCGGGAAGUACCUCUGGACUGACGGUUGUAUGUACGUGGGUGAGUGGCGGAAGGGGAAGACGAUGGGGCGAGGCAAGUUCUGCUGGCCCAGCGGUGCCACCUACGAGGGCGAGUUCAAGAACGGGUACAUGGAUGGUAAGGGGACCUACACGGGUCCCGCCGGGGACACUUACCGGGGCACCUGGGUGAUGAACUUGAAGCAUGGCCAGGGGAUGAAGCGCUAUGGGAAUGGGGAUCACUACGAGGGCGAGUGGAGGAAGGGGCUGCAGGAUGGGCACGGGAAGUACCAGUGGAAGAAUGGGAAUCAAUACGUCGGGCAGUGGAGAAACGGGGUUAUCAACGGAAACGGGACGAUGUUCUGGAACAAUGGGAACCGGUAUGAUGGGGAAUGGGAGGAUGGGUUGCCUGGAGGGAACGGAACAUUCCGGUGGGCAGAUGGGAGUUUCUUUGUCGGUGUGUGGAGUAGGGAUGCGGAGGAGCAGAACGGGACUUAUUACCCGUCAAGCUCUAUUCCGGGGAGUCUCGAGUUCGACCCCCAGAAGCUGUUCUCCUUUGAUUUAAAGGAGUUCAAGACUUCCACCGCCGAGAAACUGUCGGUGUUGCCACUGCAAAAAAUGCAGCAGCAGCAGAAUACGGUUUUGAGGGUCCUGAAAGGGGCUGAUAAGCCGAAGAAGGUCGCGGGCGAUGGGAGGGUCUAUAAUUACAGUUGGAGCUCCGAUGGGACCAGUGAUAACGGGCACAGCGAUGAAGGUUUCGGGUUUGGGGGACGUCUUAAGCUUGAUGAUUUCAGCCCAAGACCGACGCUUACACCGAGGAGGAGACAGCAACAGCUAAGGAUUCAACCCGUUAAGAGACAGGGGGAGUCCAUCUCUAAGGGGCAUAAGAACUAUGAUCUGAUGCUAAAUCUGCAGCUUGGAAUCAGGCAUUCAGUUGCAAGGCCUGGUCCAGCAACAUCUCUUGAUCUGAAGGCUUCAGCUUUUGACCCGAAAGAGAAGGUGUGGACGAAAUUUCCUCCUGAAGGGUCGAAGCAAACUCCUCCUCACCAGUCGUGCGAGUUCAAGUGGAAGGACUAUUGCCCUCUUGUCUUCAGGACACUCAGGAAAUUGUUCAAAGUGGAUGCAGCAGAUUACAUGAUCUCUCUCUGUGGGAACGAUGCUCUUCGAGAGCUCUCAUCUCCAGGAAAGAGUGGAAGUUUCUUCUACCUGACCCACGAUGAUCGUUACAUGAUAAAGACCAUCAAGAAAGCAGAAACUAAAAUGCUUUUAAAGAUGCUACCUGCCUACUAUACCCAUGUACGAGCCUUCGAGAACACCCUUGUAACCAAGUUUUUCGGCCUUCACUGUGUGAAGCUGACAGGAGCUAACCAGAAGAAGGUUCGGUUCGUUAUAAUGGGGAAUUUGUUCUGUUCAGAGUACAUAGCCCACAGGCGAUUUGACCUGAAAGGUUCUUCGCAUGGUCGGAUGACUGAUAUACCCGAGACAGAGAUCGACACAACCACAACUCUCAAGGAUCUUGACCUCAACUUCUUGUUCAGGCUGCAGAAGGUCUGGUUUCAAGAAUUCUGCAGGCAGGUAGACAGGGAUUGCGAGUUCCUCGAGCAGGAAAGGAUAAUGGAUUACAGUCUCCUAGUCGGUCUUCACUUUCGAGCAAUAACUGAAAAGGAUGGUUCUCUUCUGGCUGAGCCUUGUUCUGCGGGAACUCAAAUUCCUAGAGGGAAUCGAUCAGACACCAAUCCCGACAUGUUGGGAUCUCACCUUUCUACUGUGUCAAUAGAUCAGAACAUUUUGGACCCUUCAAGCAGAUGGGCUUCGAUAAAAUUGGGUAGUAACAUGCCUGCUCGGGCAGAACUAAUUCUAAGGAGGAUGGAUUUUGAUUCCCAGCUGAUCGGAGAACCGUCUGGAGAGUUAUAUGAUGUCAUCCUCUUUUUUGGUAUAAUAGACAUCUUGCAGGACUACGACAUCACCAAGAAGCUCGAGCAUGCAUACAAAUCAAUCCAACAUGAUCCAACUUCUAUCUCAGCAGUCGAUCCAAAGCAGUACUCGAGACGUUUCCGGGAUUUCAUAUUCAGAGCCUUCAUUGAAGACACCUGAGAAUCGCUUUCUCCUGAAUCGUUGUCACAUUUUGCUUGCUGGGCAUCCGUGUAUAGUCAUCCACAGCAGAUUUGCCCAACUGUAGGUCGUCGAGGCAAUUCCUCAAGCUGUUGGUGAAGAGAUCUGGGUAACAUGAUCUUGAGAUCGGACUCCGUGACAACAGAUACUUAUUGUCAGGGUAAAUAGGUGAAGACUUUGACAGGGUAGCUUGUUUCGAAUUGUAAAUGCACUGACUUGCAGGGGCUAACCCGAUUUUUGAAUUGUUUUCUUCUUUGAAACUGAAAUCGUCGCAGAACAAUGUACAGGAAAUUGGUCGAGGUCGAGUCUUUCAUAUGGUCAGUGAUUGCUAUGAUAAAAGAAACAGCAGAGAUUUACAAACUCAGGGUUAAGUGGUAGAACGUUCGAACUUGAGGGAAUUAUAUGUAUCCCAUUGUACUUAAGUCUCCGAAGAAGGGCCUAUUUUUACAUGUAUCUAGGAGAGACUAGUAGUAGAAGUAAAUACUGACAUCUUCGGGCAAGUUGUUCGAUGCUUUAUUCUAACCCAGAUGUUGCUGUGGUUUUGGCUUGUACUAGGUUCAUCCUGCUUGUUCUGCUUCUUCUCUAAUCUCACUCCUCACCUGCAAUUUCAGCAGCUUUUUCCGGUUAGCACCCGAGAGAAAAGGGCAUGCUAGAAAAAAAAAAAAA